AUGGAAGUUUUGAGAAGAUUAAAGUUGAUCAAAGGCAAGGAGUCCGAGGCCAGAAGACAGAUAUUGAACGAAUUGUUUCAAUACAAGAAGGGCUUAGUCUAUGGUCCGCCACCUCAGCCAACAGCGGCCGCUUACGACUGCAAAUUAAGUUUUCUUGCCAUUGGAUCUCAGACUGGUGCUAUAAGAAUUUAUGGAAAGCCUGGAGUUCAGUUUGUAGCCCAGCAUCCAGAGGGUAGUGCAGUUGAAUGUAUGCAUUUCCUUAAUGAAGAGGCUAGGCUGAUAACAUUACAUGCUGAUAGAUCAAUCUACAAAUGGGAAAUGAAUGUGAGUGAAGAUGGUAACUCAUCUCUGACCUCCAUUGCAUCUUUCAUUCCUUCUGAUAGUUCUAAGGUAGCAAAGUGGGUGACCUGCUUGACCACUGGCAAGGUCUUGUUGUUUGUGGCUGAUUCAUCGACUGGGAAUGUGGCAGCUCUUGAUGUUGAUUCAUUUGCAUUGAAGGAAGACAGUACAAUCCUGCAGGAACAUGUCCUCAAAAUAGCAUCAGAUGAACAAAAAUCUAAAGGGGUAACAGUCAGUAUAAUUGUACAACAUCCAACUGAACAACAUCUGUUGAUGUUUGGCUAUGCUGAAGGUGUUAUGAUCAUGUGGAACUCUGAGGACAAGAGGUCUGAAAAGUGUUUUGGCACAAACCAGCCCUUGCAGUAUGCCAGCUUCAAUAGAUCUGGUUCUGACAUUAUCACAAGUCACCUGGAUGGCAGCUACAUGAACUGGAACCUGGAUGACAUCCUCAAACAUAUUGAUAAUCCCACCACCCCAUAUGGACCAUUUGCAUGCAAAGAAAUCACAAAGAUAGUUCAAAAGACAUCAUCUAAGGAUUCUUCUCCAUACAUAUUCUUCACUGGUGGGUUAUCAAAAUCAACAUUCGAUGAUAAACAUUCCUUGACACUGAUGCAUGGAUCGAAGCACGUUGUGUAUGAUUUGAGGUCAAAGGUUGUUGACUUCAUUGUCAUGUGUGAGGCUGAUGAAAAAGAUGGGACUCAAGAUGCUGAUAAUCCUCACACGUUGUUGAUCAUAACGGAAGACGAGUUGUUGUUCGUGGACCUGACGUCAGAUGAUUGGUCCUUGUAUGGCACAUGUGGUGUCGUGCACAUUCACAGUAGUCCUGUUUCUGCAAUACUACACAAGGAUCAGAUCUCGCAAAAUGUCUGGAUCAAAAUUGACUUCAUCAGAAGAAAAUACAUUGCAAGUGUUAAACAUCUCUCCCAGAAGGAAUGGCCAAUUAAAGGAGGGCAGAUAACAGCUGCUGACAAAGACCAUGAUGCUGAACUUCUUGUCACUGGUCAUGAGGAUGGUUCAGUGGUCUUCUGGCGCCUUAGUAACAGUUCAUUGAAGAAGUUGUUCGUAUGGUCAUCUGGGGAUAUCUAUGAUGGUGUUGGUCUGGUUGAUGCAACAAGCAGUCACACUGCCACUGAUGAAAAUUGGCCUCCAUUCAGGAAGCUCACUAAUUGGACACAGAAGUAUGAAGACAGUCGACUGCACAUAACAACCCUGUCCUUUUGUCCUGAAACUGGUGUGCUUGUGGUUGGUGGAAUCUCAGGUCAGGUCAUCGUCUGCAACCUGGAGAACCAGGACAACAAGCUGCUGCCUUCUGAGGCAACUUUUGUUGACAUAUUGGGCAAAGGAGAGCCUGCUGAUUGUUUAACGUUGAAGAAAUCAGCUGAUGGGUUGUUGAGUGUGGAAGCUGUCCUCCAAAUUGAUUGCUCUCAUCCGUGCUCUGAUCUGGCUCUCAGAUCAGAUUGGAAAUUGUUAGCCAUUGGAACCAUGAAUGGUUUUGUUUUGUAUGAUCUGCAGAAGAAAAAAGUUAUAAUGAGCAAGUUGACAGCUAAUCGUCCAGGAGUGGUAAGAAGUCGAUCAUUCCAACAAUCCUUGCGCGAUUCAUUCCGAGGAUUGAAGCGGAAAUCAAUCAGCAAGUCUUCAGAUGAGGCACCUGACACUCCUGUUAAAACGGCAACUGAAAAAGUUGAGAAUGGUGUUGAGAAGGCUGUUGAAGGAGUGGCUGAUGUAGUUGAAAAAGUUGAAACUGCUGUUACUGAUACAGUAGAAGAAGUUAAUACAAAGAUUGAACAGGUUGCUGAAGAUGCCGAGAAGAAAGUGGAAGAGGGCUUAGAGAAGUUAGGUAUUAACGGUAACGCUGGUGAAGAAGAGAAUAAAUUAGAAAGUGAAGGCCAGGUUAAGAUCAUAUCUCAAGAGGUCAAGGAGCAUAAGAUUGAUCAAAUGACUCCAUCAAAAAAAUCUGAAGUGAUUACAACUGUCACAACAACCAACAUUACUGUAUCAUCAACCACCACUACCAAGAAAGAUGGAACAGUCGUGGAAGAGGAAACCAAAAAAUCAGAAAAUGGACUCUCUCCAAAUAUCAACGGAGUUGCUGAAGGUCACAGCAGAGGCUCAACCUUGAAAAGAGAAGGAGUGACAUUUGACAUGUCCUUGACCCCAUCCAAGGUCAACACAGGUUCAGGAGGGUCGGUGACUUGUGUCAGAUUUGCUGAUACCUUCUUGGCGCAUUCUGUGACAGCUACAAUGUGGGUGGGCCUGUAUGAUGGCAAAGUAUUUGCUUACCAGUUGGUCAUCCCAGCAGCUGGCCAAAGAGAGGAAGAAGAUGUAUCAACUGUUCUUGCCAAAGAAAUUCAUCUAAAGCAUGGUGCUCCCAUUUGUGGUCUGUUUGUUAUUGAUGAUAAGGGCAAAGUUGUAACUGGACCAAUUUUCUCUCUUCCUGGCUUGAGAGCGCAGUAUAAGCACAAGUUGUUCAAGAACAAGGAGGAUGGUGCCAUAGUUUGUGUUCAUGCACAAAACUUCAAGAGUGUCAAAGAUGAUGCUUACAGCGAGGAGGCACUACUCUGCAUAACAAGCAAAGGUGAUGUGCACGCUAUUCAUUUGCCAUCCCUCAGACCUCAGGUCAAGGUCCCGGCUAUUGGCAACACAGAUCUGAUUGGACAGUCGUGCUUUCAGAGCAAUGGAAUAGGAAUGUAUCGAUCAACACCUUGGCAGUUGACCACUUUCAGCAUUGCAGCUGCCUGUAGAGCUUGUCCUCCUGUCCAACUGAACCUUAAGGAUGGCAUGAGACCUGUUGUCGUAGAGACAAAGCAGGAAGUCGUGAUGGAGAUUGAAGACACUGGAUCACCUGUGCAUGAUGCUGGGAAGAAAUUACAAGAGGCUGAUGCAAAGAAGGAAGAGGAAGUUAAGAAUGAAGAUAUCAAAGUGGAAGAAGUUAAGAAAGAAGAAACUAAGGGUGCUGAAAAUGAUAAGGGAGAUUCCUCAGUACCACAACCACCACAAGCAGGAGAAACAACAAAAACUGUGACCACUGAAACUAUCACCUCCAAGCUUAUUGAUGGCGCCAAGCCUCAGGACAUCAUAGUAGAUGUCAAGAAAUAUUCCACUGUAACCACCACAACUACCACUCUGGAGAAUGAGACAUCGGAUGCCAACGAACUGCUGGAGGAUAGGAUCAAGAACCAUCUUGAGUAA